AUGCCGCCAACGGUAGUAGGGGGGGCGAGAGCGGCGGCGGAGGCGGCAGGCGGCAGCGACGGCGGCCUGUUCGUCGCCCUUCUGGACAACAUCAGCCUGUCUCAGAUCUUACCUUCCCAAGGAACAACUCAGGGAGGGACAGCGGGGACUCAGGAAGAGCACGUUAUCGGCGGAAGAGACGCUGCCGACCGCAGUGGCAGCGGCAGCAGUGAAAACAAGCCGGCCAGCCCGACCGGUGGGGGGGGGGGAGGGACGCCUAGCGCCGAGGAGGAGGUUGGAGCUCGGCAACGGCGGGCGGAUUCAUCGGUAGCGGCUUCUUCACGCAGCGGCGCCGACCCUUCUGAAGAGGGAGGGCUCUGGAGCAGGUCUAGGCUCGGACUUCUCGGGAGCCUGGCGUUUCAAGACUCGGAGGAGGACGACGCGGACCUAAAGCUCGGCGCCCACGACGCUGCUAGCAGGCUAACGCCUACCGUUCACUGCUCUCCCGACGGCGAGUCUCGCGACAAACAGCAGGAGCACCACCGGCAGCAGUCUCUGACACAGCAGCACCCGUGCUUGGCAGAAGCCGAAACCUCUGGAAGGAUUGGCCCCGCUCUGACGCCCGCGGCAAGAGCGGACGCGGACUCUUCCUCUGUUUCUCCCCUCCUCCUCGUCCUCCUACCUCCGGCCCGUCCCGUUGCUACCAACCCUGGUCCCGCUGCUUCGAUGGUGGCUACCUCCUCCGUGGACACAGCGGCGAAGGACACCGGCGAUCGCGUGGAAACGGCGCCGCCCGAGAGACACGCGGCCGAAGCCCUGCCGACGGCAGCUGCGUCGCCGCUGCUACGCGGAACAUCUCCGGCGCAACAGAGGCGGUCGGACGCGCGGUUGUCCUCAACCCUGGGCCCGGUGAACGCUCCGAGUGCUUCUGCGACUGCGGCAGCGGGGGCUGCUGUCGCAGGCGGGGGUGACGCGCAACCUGCGGCGGCAGCGGCGGCCGGGUCGGCGGCGAUUGAUGGCGAGGUUUCGAGCGAGGAAGGUCUAGCAGCAGGCGGUGGAGAUGCCUCCGCUGGGUUGGAAAGCUCCGGAGCAGCCGGAGUGGCGGCGGCGGGGCGUGAAGUGACGGGAGGUGGCGUGGAUGGGAAUGGGCGCGAGGACAGCCCCGCGGUUUCUACGGUGUCGUCUUACAACCUCGACUUAUCGUUGACGCCUGAGUGCCGAAGAGCGGCUGCCGCGGGGGCGACCAAGCGUCCUCCGGCCCAACCAUCGGUCCGAGACAGCACCGACUCCUGCUUGUCUAGCCUUUGCUUGGACCUGCCAUCCUCCGUCCCACUGAGCAGCAGCAACAGGGGGUCAGCGGCGCAUACCAUGUCCCCGCCGUCGGGGGGGCUCAUGGGUCAGACCGCCGCCGCCGCCGCCGCUGCCGCCGCCGCCCCCCGCCCCCGAGGGGACUCCGGCGCACAGAGUCGGAGCGGGGGCACUAGGGGUGGCAACAUCGGCAGCUGCAGCAGCCACGGCAGGAACAGCGUAGCCGAGAGCGAUAGCCCCUGGUCCCUCAGAGCGCUGUCGUCAGAGGAGCUAUCCCCUGUCAGCCCUUGCCAGGGGCGCCGUUGCUCGCCGGCCGCCGCCGCCAGUGUACCACCGGAUCCACCCUCAUCGACUCGCGACUCUGUCGAUACCAUCGACGAAGCAGACGGCAGGGCGAGAGGCGGCCGGGAGGGCACGCCGAGAGCGGGAGCUGCAAUCCCUCUCGUUGAUCGUGACGAUCACGCUUGCGGUAGCACUCCCGGAGGGAACAGGGCAGGGGACCGGCGUCGAGCGGGGCGGCUAUGCGUUUCAGCGGUCUCGGGAGAGACGUCGGGAGGCGGUCGUGAGGAAGGGGUUGCGUCCUGCCCACGUCCUCGCGAGGGAGGUGUUCCGUGCACGGCCGGGGGAAGCGCACAAGCGCUAGCAGCGCAGGGAGCAGAAGGAGAGGGAAAGCUGCCGGAGCCGGGGGCCGACGAGGAGGACGAGGAGGAGACGGAGGACUUGCCGCCGAACACCACUGCUUCCGCCGCCGCCGCUGCUGUCGUUGCUACGCCUUGCGCAGAUUGUUGUCCUGCCGGCACGGACGCCGUCAAGGCUUGGGGUGUGACUGGCGAUCUCGGGGACCUGGAUGCGCGAGAAGUCGACGGGAGGCGCAGCGAUGGGCUAGCCUCAUCUGGCUCCGCAGGCACGUGGCACGCGGAGGGCACCGUUGCGCUUUCCGGCUCCAGCUCGACAGGUAGCAGCGGCGGCGGCGGCGGUUGUGGUACACCGGUCGAUUCGAGGAGCGGGGAGGUGGCGGCAAUUCCGACGGGACCCAGUGUGAGAUCAGAAGCGGCGACGGCAAUCACCUACCCUGUUGUGCGUUCGGUCGGGGCGGGGUUGAAGACCGGUGCUGCCGCCGGGGCAACGCCGAGUCAGAAUCGUGGCAGGAGCAGGAGCAGCAGCGUCGAGAAGGUGUACUUCACGGACGGGGCUGCCGCCACGAAACGGACCAACUGGGCCGCGGGGGUGUGUGGUCGGGGGGAACUGUUGUCCUAUCCCGGGGAAGGAGGAGAGGCAUCCAAGAAGGCGGUAGAAGCGGGGAGUGUCGGCAACGACACCACCCGGGGGGAGGAGGAAGUCUCGACCGCCGGCGAGGGGGAUCCUGCGCCCGACCCAGUGGGGAGAGGAUCAGAAGGGCUCGCAGGGGAAGGUGUGCUUGGUAAAGCGGCGGCGGCGGCCGCGGAGGGAGAGAGCGGCCCGCCGCCUCCCCGCUCCCCGCGUCCGGCGGCGAAGGGGCCCAGACGGGCGACGACGUCUUCGACCAGCGCGCAGCAGGUGGUGUUCACGAGCGAGGAGGAAGAAAGUGGCGGGUCCUCGGCGGCCGGGAACAACGCCGGGGAUUCUUCUCUCGCCACCGAACCGAGCCACGUGAAGUUCUUGGCGACACCACCGCCUCCGGCUUCCGUGGCAGUCGAUCGGCGCGGCGAAGGCUCAUCCCUGGUGCCGAGCAAGGAGGCUGGUCCAGACGCGCGCUUGCGGGAACCGCCGCCGUCUGAGUUACGGACGGGAGAUGGGGCAGGCGAGGCGUCGAAGGACAAAGCCGGCAGAGGCGGCGGCGGGAACAAUGCUCCCGAUGGCAGACACCGGGACGGUGGUGGAGUUGCGGCAGCGACAUCCUUGCCGCCGCGGGUACCGGCGGCGGUGGCGGCGGCGGUGGCAGACAAAGUCGACAGUCUUCCCGGACACCACCUGUCCCGGCUCGGCCUCUCGACGGACGCGCCAAGCACCUCAGGAGCAAAUGUGACCGGAGCGGUCGUCCUUGCCACAGCGGGGGGCGCUAAGCCUGCGAGCGGAGACCGCGCGCCUCCUCCUCGUUCCGCUACGUGGGCCGGCAAGAGGAAGGCGCGACUACUACCGAAGGAGGCGACGGCGACUUCGGCCGCCACGGCCGCCCUUACCACCGAGGCUCCGGUACCCUCCCGACCAUCGGCGGACGGUUGGUUCUCCAGCCGCCGGGUGGGGGCGGGGCCCGGUAACGAUGAUGACAACUCGCCGCCGACUCCUUGCAGCAGCAGCGUCGGGGCGGGGGGGACGGCGACGGAGAGCCCGGACCUCCUCCUCCUCGCAGCGUCCCGGUCUGCCGGCAGAUUAAGAGGCCCCGCGAAAAAUAGCGGCGGUGCGGACCCCCUCCUAGGACCGUGCUCGCUAGGCGCGGGCGGGCGCCGGGCUAGCUGCGGAGGCGCCCGCCGCGGGGGGGGGUCUGGGAGGGGCGAGGGGGGUGCGGCUGUCAUGUCGCGGUCCACGAGUGCCCCAUCUCGUUGCGGCGGAGGCGUUUCAACGGCUUGUGGGGGCACCGCUGUUGAUGCUGGCGGGGUCCGCAGCAGCAACGGGGGGCCGUUGGAGGUGGCGAACAGCAGUGGCCGGCGGGAUGCAGUGAUGGGUGGGAAGGGGGCUGCAGGAGUGGCUGGUGACACGCUGAGACGAGGGCCUCGUUCGGGGAGGCGCGACUUGGCUGUGGAAGAUACGGCUCCCAAGAAGCGCCUCAAGGCUCGAAAGCUGGAGGCAGCGGCAGCGGCGGCGACAGCGGCGGUGGAGGGUCAGCCGGCCGCUGGAAAGUCGACCCCACCGGCGAUACCGGAAGACAGAGAGGAGGAGAGGGUUGGGGGGGAGGAGGACGGGCCGGGAGGAGCGGGCGAAAGGGGGCGUGGCGGCACUCUAGAAGAAGACGAGGAGAGGGGGGAGGUGGAGGGAGAGGGUCAGGGCGGCAAUUUUGAGGGCGACGGCAAGGAGGAGGAGGAGGAGGAGUUGGCGGAGGAAGAGGGGCAGGGCGGCCAAGUGGAGGGACACGAGAAGGGGGACGAGGAGAGAGAGGAGGAGAGGGACGCGGCAGAGGAGGAGCAGGAACGCGAGGAGAGAGAAGAGGAGGAGAAGGGGCAGGAACUCAUGGAGAGAGCAGUGGAGGAGGAGGAGGAGGAGGAGGACGUGGCAGAGGAGGAGCAGGAAUGGGAGGAGAGAGAGGAGGAGGAGGAGGAGGAGGAGGAAGAUGACGAAUCUGCCACUCUUACGGAUACAGACAUCGACACCCAGACGGAGACGGAAGAACCCGCAGCAGUCGCUCUCGCGCUCGCUGACGAAGACCGGCCUCGACGGCACGGGAGCCAGCCGCGCGGGGAGCAUCAACGCGGUGAUGUGGCGGAGGGGCCAGGGGGUGCAGCAGCAUCGGCAACGACGUCGUCGACGGCCACUGGAGUGCCGAGGGUAGGUCUUGGGUCGGGGGCUAGAGGUGCAUCGGCUGCGAGCUCGGUUUCGGAGGGCGGUAGCUCGAUGGUGGGCGUCGGCCCCUCUGCUUCAGCUCUUGCGAGCACCCGUUCUCGAGAAGCUCUUCCCCGGCCGCCUGUACAGGUGCGGAUCUCUUUGCGUGCGCUCCAACCGGAUGCUGUGCCUUACCAGCGACGGAUGAAGAGUACAAGCAUGAUUUCUUUGUGGGGGAAGCAAAACAACCCUUCUUUCUUCAAGAAGGAUAUAAAUAGCUGGAUGUAG